AGAUAACAAAAAUUAAGCAGCUUUGAACUUCUCAGUACAUGUUGGAGUUAUUGGACCUAAAAGUCAUUAUUCAAACCAAAACCCUUAGAGAUUGUGAAAGCUUCUUCAGGGAUGGACAUGGAAAUGGUGGUGCCUUCAAAAAUAAAAAAGAAAAUGCAGAAGUUGCUGAGUUUUGAAAACAAAAUGACAACGCCCAGAAAUUCAGUGAGUGGAAUUUUCCCAGUAGAACCCACAAAAGGCCCUAUUGGCAUGCAACCUGCUCAAAAAGUAAACCUCGGGAGGAUGUCUUCAGUGGUGAGCCCCAUGCCAAGUUUCUUCAUGAGGGAAUUGAAGGCUUUGGGGGCUGUCCAGAUCAUGAAUGGGCUCUUCCACAUUGCUCUGGGGGGAGUGUUGAUGAUUCCCAUGGGGGUCUAUGCACCCAUCUGUGUGACUGUGUGGUACCCCCUCUGGGGAGGCAUUAUGUAUAUUGUUUCUGGAUCACUCUCGGUAGCCAUGGAGAAAAGCUCCAGGAAGAGUCUGGUCCAAGUGAAAAUAGUAAUGAACUCACUGAGCCUCUUUGCUGCCAUCUCUGGAAUAAUUCUUUUGAUCAUGGACAUACUUAAUAUUAAAAUCUCUCACUUUUUAAAAAUGGAGAGUCUGAAUCUUAUUAAAACUCCCAUGCCAUAUAUUAACAUAUACAACUGUGAACCUGCUAAUCCCUCUGAGAAAAACUCCCCAUCUACACAGUACUGUUACAACAUACAAACUGUGUUCUUGGGCAUUUUGUCAGUGAUGCUGAUCUUUGCCUUCUUCCAGAAACUUGUGACAGCUGGCAUUGUUGAGAAUGAAUGGAAGAGAACGUGCUCCAGACCCAAGGCUAAUGUGGUUCUCCUGUCAGCUGAAGAAAAAAAAGAACAGACAAUUGAAAUGAAAGAAGAAAUGUUUGAGCUAACUGAAGUGUCUUCCCAACAAAAGAAUGAAGAGGACAUUGAAAUUAUUCCAGUCCAAGAAGAAGAAGAAGAGACAGAAAUGAACUUUCCAGAACCUCCCCAUGAUGAGGAAUCCUCACCAAUAGAAAAUGACACUUCUCCUUAAACUCCUUCUUCUCCUUUGUUUCCUUUUGUAAGCGUCAGUGUUUAGAGUUUCCUUUGGGCAUAGCUAUCCCAUUUCUUGAGGUACUUCAUACCUAGUCUCCAUAUUUUCACCUGUUCUUUGCAUGAAACAACCUCAACCUCCUUUCUCAUUCAAUAAUAAAGGAGAUAAAACAUGUCUCUGUCUUUGUAAAGCUCUUAAAAUUA